AUGCAUGUUUGGAGACGUGUUGGCAAGAUACGACAAAACUACUCGACAAAAACACUUAAUGCUUUAUAUAUGGAAGAAAUAACCGAAGGCAUAGAAACUAUUGAGUUGGCAGUUAAUGAUGAACCAUGUUUAAUUUCAAAUGGCACGAAUUUAGAUACAAACAAUGUGUCGCACCUCAAUUCAAAUGCACAUGAAUCACUGCAUGCAUCUAAUACUAAUAUUGCCCUGAUGCCCAUGUCUAGAAUGUUAUCGGUUUUACGCACAAGCAUAGAACAUACGAAAUCUGAUUACAUUACUAAUCGACGUCCCAGCGUUGACAGUAUGUUACAGACGCAGCAAUCACAGGCGUACAUGCCAAGUCCCACGCAUAAAUCGCCAUUGAAUUUUAAUGCUACACAAGCCUGCAGUCCUAGUGUCAGUGAACGACGUAAUUCUGGUAGCGCAGUACGUCGCUCAUCAAUAACUACACCUGACAGCGGCAUCGCUAGUCACACACACUCUGCACAAUUUACGCAAACGUUAAGUCCUCAUAAAAAUAUAUUUUCACCUACACCUACACCUGCGGUUGUAAAAAGUUUUUCUGAUAAAUCUGUCAACUCUUCGCCAAAGCAUAUGGUUUCGUCGGUAACAUCGCCGAUUGAAUCCAUGAGUUUCAUGACUAGAGAACAUGUCUUAAAGCAGGAAAUUGAUCAGUUACAAGAGAAACUUAAAGAUACUGAAGAACGUUUACAGUCUUUGCGCAUACAGCAUGACUCUUUAGCGCAUUUGCACCGUGAUUUGCGUGACAAUAGUUCACAUUUACAGGAGGAAUCGGAAAUGUUGAAAUUAGAUGUGCAACACUUGACAGAAUGUGCAAACGUUUUGCGUACGGAACUGAAAGCAGCGCGUAAUGAUCGCAGUGAAGCUUUGGAAUUACAGAAAGCAUUGCAAACAGAACUAGAAGAAACUCGACAAGACAAAAAACGUGCACAAGAACUGAAAGAAAAAGAUACUAAAGUUAUACAGGAUUUGCAACGACAAUGUCGGGAAAUGGAACGUAUUUUGAUGCGUAAACAUCCUGACUCUGUUUCCGCAUUGAUAGUUGCUUCCAAAAAUCCUGGAAAAUGUACUAGCAACGAUCAAGAGAAUUUAAAUAGUCGCAAACUAUUGGAACAACGUAUAGCACAAUUGGAGGCAGAUGCCAAAGCACAGGAUCUCAAAGCACAACAAAUACUGGCCAACGUACAAGCGCGCUUCAACUCAGUACAAGCAAAAUAUGAAACACAUAUUGCUGAUUUAGAAACACAAGUCUUAAGUUUACAAGAAAUCAACACAAAAUUAAAUGAAAAGAUAGAAUCUCAAGUGCGUACACUCGAUUAUUUUGUUUCGAAAAAAUCUGAGCAGUACUACAAUAAUUCUACACAAACUGAUGAUAUUAAAAUUGUUGAAGAAGAGACAGAAAACACCAGUUCCACAGUGCGAGUAACUACGUCGGCCUGCACACAAACAGCCAACACAAAAACUUCUACACGAGAUCAUAGCACAAAUACCAUCGGCACUUCUAAUCAGCAUUCAGCAAGCUCCAGCACAAGUAGCACCGCAAAUUCAACGCCAAAUAAUUCCAGGCCCAAUUCGAAACAAAGUGGCCUACGCAAGCCCAAUAUGGCAAUCUCCAAUGCACUUGCCUCCAAACUGCCGGUUUCUCAUUCAGAUUCCACCAUUUCAAUGUCUGCCUAUCACGCCGCUGCAAAAGAAGAUGCACAUCUUUUGGCUACCAUACGCGGUAUGCGCAUUGAUUUGGCCAUUAAAGAUAAGGCCAUGCAGCGCUUGACACGUGAACUUGAUGAAUGCAAAAAGACCAUCAAAAAGUUGCAAAGAGAAAAGGACGCACUUAAAUCAGACAAACCACACAGCACGCCUAGUACACUUUCAAGACGUCAUUACGAUGCAUCGCAUAAUGCAGAUCAAACUCCAGCAAACACUGAGAGUCAAGCACUUAAGGAAGCACAAAAUAAGAUAAAACUACUGGAAGCGGAUUACAAGACGCUGCAUGACAAGCGUCUGCAAGAUCUGAAAUCUCUUCAAACUGCCCAUGAACGUGAACUCGCCUCAUGUCACGAAACCGUACGCAUUUUACAGCAGCGCUUAAAUGAACGUGAUGAAGCCUUCGCACUACAGAAACGCCGUAAAAUGCCCGUGGAUUAUUAUGCGCUGAAAGCUAAGGUAUCAUCACUGGAGCGACGUCAUUCAGAACGAGAAGAGCGUCUACAUAUGCUUGUAGAAGCAUUAAGUAAAGGACGUUUAAAUGGUGCAUUGGAGGAAAUGAUUGCCGAUAACAAUAAUAAAUAA